AUGCUCCUGCCUUUGCUGAGCGUGUCUGGCCAAAUGCUGGAGGCGGAUGAGUGGAGAGGCAGCCCUGGGGAGGAGGAGGGCAUUUACGAGGGCCCUCAGGCCAGCAACAUCUCAGGGCUCCUGCUGAAAUGGCCACCACCAGACAUCGUCAGGCUGCCCUUGCAGAGCUGCGGGGCCGUCCCAGUGCUCCUUUCCAUCGGUGAGCUGACCCAGGAAGCCCCAACACUGGAGGCGCAGACCCCCAUCAGCCUCUCCACGCAUGGGCGGGCGGAAGCACCCCGCAGCCCCCCAGCUGAGGAGGAAGGAGGGGCCCCAGUCCCCACGGCAGGGCUGCUGCAGGUCGCAGAGCGUCGGCAACCCCUGAGCAGCGUUUCGUCUCUCGAGGUGCACUUCGACCUCCUAGACCUCACGGAGCUGACAGACGUGUCUGACCAAGAGCUGGCCGAGGUCUUUGCUGAUUCCGAUGAGGAGAAUGCAGCCCAAGAGCCCCCGGCUGGACCACAUCCCCACUCGACCCCCAGAGCCGGCUACCUUCGCUCCCCCUCCUGGACAAGGACAAAAGCUGAACCGGGGCGCGAGAAGAAGCACCUAGGCGAUUCCAAGCUCCGAGCUGAGGCUUUCCUGCCUGUGGAAAAGCCAAAGGAGGAAUAA